AUGGCUGAAAACACUUUUCCCGUGUUCAGUGUUGAUGCUUUAGUUCAUUUCUUUAGAACAGAAGUUUUAACAGGACAAGAAUCAAAACACUUCAGCAAGAGUGACCUGGUCCCGACGCCCAAGCCAGAGGUCAUUCAGACGUUAUACAUGAGAGUCCUGCACCUGCUGUUCCGCUUCAAGCCCGAGUGUCACUCCAUGGUGCCUCUGCAGGCGAACAUCCAGUACCCCCAGUAUCAGGAGGGGGUCCUCUCCAUCGUCAGCGUCUUCAUCCGAAUGCGACAGUUUCUGCCCAUGUGCCUCUUCUUUGACUUCUCCAUGAGUGAUCUUCUGUCUCCGAAGAAGCCCAGGACCCUGACCAUCCUGAGCGCCAUCAUGAACUUCCUCCAGUUCCGGAUGCUGAAGAUGGAGCUGCUGCUGGAGAAACAGUCCAAGUUUAGAGAAGACCGAGACCGACUGCAAACAAUAGUGAGAUUAAACAAAGAAGCAGAGAAGAAGGUGUCCGUCCUCACGACCAUCCCCCCGGAGCAGCAGGCUGAGGCUGAUGAACUGUGUGCAGCUCUGUCUGAGCUUCACGCCACCACAGUCCAGGAAUACCAGGAAGUGAACAUGAAGAACGACACCAUCGCUGAGUGGAAAACCAAAAUCGCAGAGAAAACUCAGAAACUGGCCCAACUGAAGGUGGAGAUCACGAACCUGAAGGAGGACAUCGCCAAACUGCGGUCUCAGAUCGUGGAGUCUCCAGAAGAGUUCAAGAGUCAGAUGGAAAAGAUGAGAGAGAACGUCAAGAACAUCAAAGCAGCCAUCGUAAGACUGUAG